UUUGCGCAUGCGCAGAGUUCACUUUUUCGUUAAUUUCGUUCAGUUGGUAGGGGCCCCCUCUGAUGCCAUUAACUCAUCAUAUAGUUAUUUUGUGAACAUCAGGAGAUGUAUCAAGUGUGCUGAAUUGCCCAUUACGAUUUAUUUUGCACGAUGAUACUGUUGUAUAUGUGAUUUUUGGUGUAACAAAUAUAUAAAUGGUUGACUAACUUCCACUAGAAUGCUUUGAAGUAAGUUCCUAGCCGCGUUCAUGGAACCAUUUAUAAAUACGGUUGCUUUAUCGUUACCUAACAGAAAUUGGGUUGGGAUUCAUGACAUAUGACCUGAUUUUAAAGUUACAGUUGUAUCCCAACAAGGAAUUUCUUAUUUACUAUCUUACCAGUAUAUCGUGUAAUUGAGUCCUAAAAGCUUAUUUUAUUAACUGUUUCAGUUACGUUAAUUAUUAAAUUAAUUUUUUUAGAGAGAAAAAUUUGAAAAAGUUUAGCUGACCCCAAAGAUGAGAAUUAGUUUAGGAUAGUCCUUAUGACAUUGUGGUUUCGGAACAUACUAGGAUUAUUUUAGGCGGGAAAGACUGUUAUUAUUUUGUCAGUGGCAGUUGCUAAUCGGUUAUUUUCUAGAGUUUUUUUUUUUUUGCUAGUGUUCUGAAUGUGUUUUUACUGGAGAUUUUUUGGUGUGCUUUUAAAUUGUAGAUCGUAAUGAAGUGAAAGUAGAUACUGAUUUUUCUUUUUAGCUUGUAAUAUCAAACUUUGUGCCUUGCUGUUGAUACGUGUUGUUUCGAUGCACUUGCAAGUGCUCAGGCGUUUUAAGAUUUAAUUAAUAGUAUUUACUGUUUUCAAAGACAUGGAAAAUUUCGCAACUGAUCUAGAAGUUGAAGAUAUGCAUUGCGAUACUGAAGAUCUUGAGUUAACCACCAGUUCUGGGUGUGACAUGACGUAUGCUUGUGAUACGUCGUCAGAAGAGUUGAGUGUUUUUCGUGUAUUGCCAAGAAAAUUAAAUUUCCUUGAAUGUGAUGAACAGACAUCUCCCGUAAAGUUCGAUAAAUCUGUGAUUGAUGCCCAAAAGCGAGGUGUUAACAAUUUGUCGUCUUCCAUGUCCCCGCCUUACAAGCGAGUUAGGGCACUAAAACUAUUCGACACGCCAACAACUCCAAAAACUUUGUUUGAAAAAUGUUCCAUGGACUCUAUCUCUGCUGAUAAUGCAAAACCAAAUGCCAGUUCCACUGAAAAGCGUGAGAAAGAUCUGCCGACUGCUAAUAAAAAUCCUUUUACACCCAAAGAAAUGUUGUCACCUCUUUGGAAGAAGCAGAAAAUUGGAAACCGUUCAAGUACCCCAACUGGUGACUUGCCUGCAGAUGCAGAUCCGGUUGAAGACGCAGAUAUACCCACAAAGAAACUGGCUCUCAAAGAGUCGAAUAUUUCUAGAUAUCGUCAGGAGUUCCACGAGAUAUGCCUGAUCGGCAAAGGGGAGUUCUGCAGCGUGUACAAGUGCCUGAACAGGCUGGACGGCUGCACGUACGCGGUGAAGAAGAGCAUCAAGCCGGUGACGGGCAGCGUGGACGAGAAGCGGGCCCUCAACGAGGUGUACGCCCACGCGGUGAUGGGCCGGCACCCCAACGUGGUGUGCUACUUCUCGGCGUGGGCGGAGGACGACCACAUGUUCAUCCAGAACGAGUACUGCGACGGCGGCAGCCUGGCCGACCUCAUCAAGAAGUGCACCUUCACGGAGGCGGAGCUGCGCAUCCUGCUGCUGCAGCUGGCCGAGGGCCUGAAGCACAUCCACUCCAAGAUGCUGGUGCACCUGGACUUGAAGCCCGACAACGUGUUCGUGUCGCACGAGAAGUACUUCGACUUCUCCAAGCACGACCUGCGGGUGGACGAGGACGACGGCUUCGAGGACGUGGAGGAGGUGACGUACAAGAUCGGGGACCUGGGCAACGUGACCUCGCUGGCCAGCCCGCGCGUCGAGGAGGGGGACUGCCGCUACCUGGCGCGGGAGAUCCUGCUGGAGGACCACUCGCUGCUGGACCGGGCCGACGUGUUCUCCCUGGGGCUGACCGUGUACGAGGCGGGCGGGGGCGGGCCCCUGGCCAAGAACGGGGCGGAGUGGCACGCCGUGCGCGACGGCAGGCUGCGAGACCUGCCGCACUGCAGCCGCGAGUUCAACGCCCUGCUGCGGGAGAUGGUGACCCCCGAGGCGUCGGCGCGCCCCAGCGCGGCCGCCCUGCUCGCCCACCCCGUGGUCUUCCCGCUGGGCCCCAAGAACAAGAUCCAGCUGCAGUACGAGCUGGAGCUGGAGCGGAGUCGCAAGGCGGCCACGCUGCGUCGCCUGCUGGAGCGCAGCGCACCGGGUUCCCGCGCGCGCCCGGGCGGCAAGAAGCUGCUGCGUAGCCGCAGCAACGUCGACUUCUAGCCGUCCCCUUGGCACUGACGAGGCUGACGACUGCUCGUGCGGCGACAUUCACGUAUUGUUGUGUACAUUCAGUUUUAUUUUUGAUUGUUUCUACGUUAAUGUCAACAAACGUUCUUUAAAAAAAAUCUGUGCAACUGCCAAAGAAAUAGCUUUUUAUGCUUUUACUUUUUGAAGCUAGCAAGCAGGCUGAUUUUCAGUAAUACUUAUUGCAUUAAAUUAUGGCUGUGUUGCAGCUAGAGUGGCACCUAUUAAAUAUUUUUUUAUGUAUUAUUUUCUUUUUAAUUAAGAAUUUGAGUUAACAUUCCUUAAUGGACGUUUCAAAAAACAUAGUUAGAUUUCAGCCAACGUGUUAAGUUAGGAGUUUGUACAUUUUUUUUUUUUUUGGUUGUGCUACUGUUUAAUUAUGUAAGAAGUGGUGUUUAUUACAGAGAUUUUUUAUAUGCACUUGUAUUUUUAUUGGAAAGCUUAUGGUUGGCUACGUUUCGUGAUAGCAUUUGCUAAUGAAAAUAAGAGUUUACAAUGCCUUACAUCGUUGAAUGUGGUCAAAACAAGCAAGCUAAUUUCUCGCGAACUGAUUAAUAAUACUUAAGUAAUUUUUUGUGUGCUAGUUAAGUGGCUGCUAGGUCUGAGCUUUGUUCUCAAUUGCCAUUUUGUGCCCUCUGUCCACACAGUUAUUUCCUUGUUUGACUGGGUCGUUCAGGACUGCUAAUGAUUUGUGUCUGUUAGUUUGUAAGUGUGAAAUGAUUGUGUAUUUAAAGUUUUAUGGAGAAAAAAAAAUUCUUUUUCUCAAAACUUUAUUUCAGGAAAGAUUGCUGCAUGUGAUGAUUCAUUUUCCAGUGAGAAUAGCAGCAAGUUCCCGGUGCAAUUUAAUAUAAAGCACGUAGAUACGUCAUAUUUUGUUAGCUGUGCAGUAUUGAGCGGGUCAGCGAUAUGAACCUUGUUACUUAAAACCUUGUUUAUGUAGUGGUUCUGUGGGAGAAAAAAGUCCUCACAACCUAUUAGUCAUAUUACUGUAUAAAAUGCAUAGUGUUAUUUUAUUAUAAAAAAAAACUCAAAAUAAAACUGUAGGAAAUAGUUCUGAGAAUAGAUAUUUACCGUAAAAAUGUUAAAAAUGGCAAAAGACGUGAAAGCUAUAUUGCUACCUUGUUAGUUUUGAAAUUCGUAAUUUCAUUUUUCAUGUAAAAAAAAAAAAAAUAUGGAGACUAAAUACUUAUUUGAAAAUUGUGUUAUGAAUUGUGAAAUUUGUAAAUUGGUUUGUAAUUCAACCAUUUUUUUUAAACCUGAUGUUGCGAUUCUUCACUGUUCUGCGAAGAGAAAACUCUAAUAGCAUGUGUUUCGUUUCUUUCCUUGUCAUAGUCUCGGAGAUGGCGAGUGUCUGUAGAAGGCAGUGUUCCCUUGUCGUCGGUGGCGAUAACUGGGGAGGAAAUUACCUCAUUUGAACAAUAAUAAAAUAAGAAUUUUGUAGUAGGUGGCCUAGACACAAGCAAGGUUUACUCUUUCUUUAUAGUUAAGUGCAAAAGCACUCUUUGUUUGUAAUCAAUUAUGACUAGGUAUUACACUGGAAAAAGAACUUGCAUUUAUAACUAAUUUAAAUUUUUUUUUUUUCCAUACUGCUGCCUCUAUUCCCUUUUUUCAAUGGAUUGCAAUUCUACACAUUCACCGAAUUUUAUUUGAAGCCUUUCCGGUUGAGGGUUUUAUUCACAUACCGACCGCAGGCAGGAUAAUUGCACCAAUUUAAGCAGAAACUAGUAAUUAUGUAUGUACUAUUUCUAUUUUAAAUUGUAUUGUUAAUAUUUUUUUUUUUUGCACAACACUUACUAAUGAAAAUUUUUAACAGUCCCUUGUGGUAGUUUUACUGCAAAGUUGCAUUUUGUAGUGAAAAAUGGUUGCAACUAAUUUUACUUGUGCAUAAUUUGUAGUAGUAUUUAUUGUUUUUGGUUAAUCUUUUUUUGAAAUAAUAAUGUCUUUGCUACUUACAAUUCUGUAUAUGUCCAGCUUUGAUGUUCUCACAUUUUUAAGCUGUCUCUGGGGUCAAUUUUACUAAAUAUAGGUAAUCAUCACAGCCAAUGUUUUUUUUUUUUUUUCAUGAAUGUGUGUUUGUGUGAAGUCAGAUUUUUAACAUGUGUAAAGUUGUAGUAUUUAGAGGCUUCUGGGUAUAUAUAUAUUUAAAAGAAAAACCCUUUCAAAAUUUUUUUUUUACUUCCAUUUACUUUUCUGGUGGUUAUUUUGAGACAUGAUAGAAAGUUUGUUACAAUUCAAUUACCUAAUUGCAAAACGUUUGUCGAACAGUGCCACGUUAACUGUGUUUUUUUUUUUUUUUUUUUUUUCAGUUUUGAUACUGCUUGUACCAAGUUUGGUAUAUUGCAAACAAUGAAAAUAGUUUCGUGAUUACAACUAUAAAGACAGGUUAAUUUGAAAAUUAACUGUUUUAACAUUUGCCUAUGCAAUAACUCGGGCACCGCCAUGCGAGAUUUCCUGCUUAGCUUGCAAACAGCUUGCCUCGAUUAUGACGGGGACCUUAAAAUCACAACCUGUCGCUAGGUAUCAAGUGACGCAACAAAGAUACUUGCUGCAAUUUUAAAAUCAAUAUUUUUUUAUGUUUUAAUGGCUUUUAUUACACAAUUUCCCUCGACUUGGUGGUCUUUUCUUAUGACGAGUUUCUUAGAACUCUAUUAAAUAAAAAUUAGAAAAAUAAUGAUUUGAAAAUUGCUUCUUUGUUACGUCACUUGAUACUUGUUGCUAUCCGACAGGUUUCGAUUUUAAGGUCCUUGUCACUGUUGAAGUAAACUGUUUGCAAACGGUGUUUCUGCACAGGUGUAUGUUAGAACAGUUGUCUUUAUAGUUACAAUCAUGAUAAACACCAAUUAGAUUACGUACCAAACUACUUUCAUUGUUAACAAAAUACCGCUCUUCAUACAACUGGUACCGAAUCAGAGACGGACACAUAGUUAACAUGGGGCUAAUGAUAUCCUGACGUGAAUACACAACUUGACAUAUAAAGUAAAAAUGUUUGCAAAUAAUUAAAAUGUAACAAAUUUUUUUUUUUUGCCUGUCUUAAAAAACAACCCCACAAAGGUCAGUAUAACUAAAAGAAAAAAAUUGGUAAGUCUGUUUAGAAGACUUUCUUCUUGAUUAGUAUUUAGAAUUUGAUCAAAGUUUGUAAUAGUAAGUUCUGGAAAUUUAAAUUUAUUUGGCGAAGUCACAUGUGAACUUGAUCCCUGAUUGUUGCCCAAUGUACAAAUUUUGAGUCAUCAUUGCUGUUCAAGUGUGUGCGUGUAUUUAACUCCUGGCUUUUCCUAACUAUCUUUACACUAGUUUAGCAACGCUCUUAUACGGUGAAAUACACUAUGAUUAUGUAUGUUAAGUUUAAUUAUUGAUUUGCUUUUUUGAAAACAUGUUUAUGACGUUUGUGUUUGUGUCGCCUGACUUUGCUGGCAGUUGAGAACAGAUCUGAAAUGGCAGUCUUGUCAUCAUAGUGUCAGUAUUGCUAGUAUGUAGUAUGUAGUAGUUCUGGAAAUUGCAAUGAAGUAUGUGCACUGUUGAAAUUUGUAUGUGUUGUUACUAAUAGCAUUGAAAUAAAGGUUUCUUUUUAUAUA